AUGAGAAGCAUCAAUGAACUUGCCUCCCAAAAGACCGAGAGAGAAAACAAGCUUGGUUUAACAGAGAGGCUGUCUGCGAAAAGUGCCAAGGUGAGUUCUGUUGAGGAGGCAAAGGGAAAAAAGGGGACAUCCCCAGAAGCUAGUGAAAAACAGGACCUCCUUGCAGAGAUCAAGGGAAUAAAGUCUGAAUUAAGUUCCCUUAAAGCAAAGGUUGAGGAACAAGUGUAAGAAUAAUGCACCGUUCCAGCCAAGAUAUCCACGGGGUUGCCCCAAAUGUAGGAGAGAAGACAAUGGAAAUACUUGCAGACAUUGUUUUAUUUGCAGUCAGGCUGGACAUUUAGCCAGUCACUGCCCACAAAGGAAGGCGGAAAACGAACAGGGGCCAUUUCCGAGGGAGAGAAGAUGGCCAAGAACAUAGAACAAAUGUCCCCUCAAUGUGCGUUUUGCAAAAAACUCCAAGUACAUGACACUAUCCUUUGUUGUAAACAAUGCAAAGCUGUUUAUUAUUGUGACGGGGAAUGUCAAAGGAAACAUUGGCAUGAUCACAUAGCAACAUGUGUUGCCUUGCAAAGCAUUAAUCACAAGGAUAUGAAAGACAAUGCAGACUUGGAAUUCUUUGCAACCCACCUAACGCCAAGUCAACAGAAUAAACUGGUACAGAUAAUUGGUAGAAAAUGCAUAGUAUUGGGGAAAUUAGAUAAUAAAGAAGUUAAUGUGCUUUGGGACACAGGGGCCCAAGUGUCUGGUUUCAGAAAGAUUCUUGAGACUGUUGUGUUCUAG